AAGGCUUUAUUUACCCUGCCAGUCCCCUUACAGCCUAGCGCCAUCUUGUUCCUGAGACCAACCAGCUCGCUCAGCCUUGUGCCACGACGACCGCCGAACCCGCCACAGGGAAAAUCCUCAGCCUUUUCCAUCGCCGAAACAUCCCAUUAAAAGAAACAGAUCAUGGCCGACACCAAGAUACCCCUGGAGCCUCCUCCAAACUACGAAGACGCCGCCGCCCAGCACGGCACGCCGGCCGCUCCAAUGGCCAAGCCGCUCCCCCGCGGCCCCUUCCCCUUGGACAUCCCCGUCCUCAUUCAACUGCGGGGAAAGCGCGUCGUCCUAGCUUCAGCGAGCCCGCGACGGAAACAACUUCUCGGUCAGAUUGGGCUCACGAACAUCGAAAUCACGCCCUCGACUAAGCCGGAGAACCUCGACAAGGUCGGCCUCGGCGCCUUCGAUUACGUGCUCCGCACCGCGCAGAAGAAGUGUCUGGAUGUGUACCAGACGCUGCUUGCAAAUUCGCUCAAGUCUAUCCCGGACCCGACGAUGGUCAUCGCUGCUGACACCGUCGUUGUCACGACCUCGGGUCGCAUCCUCGAGAAGCCGCGUUCUGAGGCCGAGCAUCUCGCAAUGCUGCGUAUGCUGCGCGACCAGGUGGCCCAUAAGGUGUACACGGCGGUGUGCGUCCUUGUGCCGCGCGACGACGCCCGCGCGCCGGGGUAUAAUAUGGAGAGUUUGGUUGAAGAGACGAAGGUGGUGUUUGAUGAGACGGCGAGCGAUGAGUUUAUCUCUGCGUAUGUGAAGACGAGGGAGGCGGUGGGGAUGGCGGGCGGGUAUGGGAUUCAGGGGAUGGGGGGACUGUUGGUGGACAGGAUUGAGGGGGCAUAUGAUAAUGUGGUUGGGUUGCCGUUGAGGGCGACGUUGGCGCUGAUGGAGAAGACGCUGUUUAUGCAGGGGAGUGAUGAUGAGGACGAGGAUGAGGAGGAGUAG